GCGCAUCAAGCAUGACAAAGAGAACGAGGUAUCGAGACUGGAGAUGGCAGGUUCUGUGGUGGCAUCAUUUUUUCCUUUUGUGGAAUACAAUAGACGGACAGACUCGCUACACCAUCCCGGAAGAACUUAAGCAGGGCUCCGUGGUCGGACAUUUAGCCAAAGAUCUGGGUUUGGGAUUAUCGGAGAUUUUCGACCGUAAACUGCGCGUCGCCUCGGAGGCUGGUGAGCAGUAUUUCAGCGUGGACACGGGGAAGGGUGAGCUGGUGGUGAACGAGCGGAUAGACAGAGAGGCGUUGUGCGGACAAAGCCCCAACUGUGUUUUACCGCUUCAGGUUGUAGUAGAGAAUCCAUUACAGUUGCAUCGGAUAGAGGUGGAAAUAAGAGACAUCAAUGACAAUUCUCCGAGUUUUUUGACGAAAGAAAUAAUAUUAAAAAUUGCAGAAUCAACGGUGGUAGGGGUUCGUUUUCCACUGGAAAGCGCAGAGGACCCCGACGUCGGUAGUAAUACACUGAGAUCAUAUACACUCAGCAAAGACGAAUGUUUCAGUUUGAAAGUUAAAGAAAUUGAGGACGGUAAGAAAAUUCCAGAAUUGGUUUUGGAGAAGCCAUUGGAUCGAGAGAAAAAGGCUAUCCACAGAUUACAGUUAAUAGCAGUAGAUGGGGGCAAUCCAGUUAAAUCCGGAACGUCGCAAAUUACAGUUAUUGUUUUGGAUAACAAUGAUAACCUCCCUGUGUUUGAAAAAUCUUUAUAUAAAGUUUCCCUAAGUGAAAGCAACGUAAUUGGAACUGUCGUUUUAACGCCAAAAGCUACGGACGCAGACGAGGGGUUAAACGGAGAAGUGGUAUUCUCAUUUGGAGCGCGCACGCAGGACUCAGUGCUGUCCACCUUUGACAUUGAUUCCGUGACAGGAGAAAUCAGUCUGAGGCGGCAACUCGACUAUGAAAACGUGACUUCAUAUCGAAUAGACAUCGUAGCCAAAGAUAAAGGCAUUCCUGAAAUGGAAGGUCACUGUCGAGUACAAAUUGACGUGGGAGACGUUAAUGACAACGCGCCAGAAAUCACACUCACCUCGGAUCCACAGGCUGUGCGUGAGGACGCACCGAACGGCACAGUAGUGGCCUUGAUAAGUGUCCGAGACCGGGACUCGGGCGAUAACGGCCGAGUGACGUUAAACCUUCCGAAGGGUUCUCCUUUUACCCUGAAGCCCUCGUUUUCUAACAAUUACGCAAUGGUUACCAACGGCCUUUUAGACCGAGAGCGCUUCAUAGUAUAUAAUAUUGAAUUAACAGCCACAGAUUCAGGCUCCCCACCUCUAACUAACACGAAAAUUAUACCAGUCAGUAUCACCGACGUGAAUGACAAUGCUCCAGUAUUUACUCAAAAGUUGUAUAGUAUUUAUGUAAGUGAAAAUGGGAAACCAGGCUCUAUAUUGUUCUCUGUAUCAGCAACUGAUCUAGAUUAUGGGGGGAACGCCAAGCUGUCCUACUCCAUCCUGGACUCUAAAGUGCAGGACGUGUCUGUGUCCUCCUACGUCUACAUCAACUCGGAGAACGGCAGCAUCUACAGCAUGCACUCCUUUGACUAUGAGAAACUGAAGGUGUUUCAGAUUCAGGUGCAGGCAAAGGACCACGGUUCUCCGUCUCUGAGCAGCAACGCUACUGUUCAUGUUUUUAUUCUGGACCAGAACGAUAACGCCCCCUCUGUUAUCUACCCCUCCUCCGCUGUCCACGGCUCCCUCUCUCAGCAGAGGACGUCCCGCUCCUCCAAAGCAGGCCACUUGGUUACCAAGGUAACAGCUGUAGAUGCCGACUCGGGGCAUAACGCCUGGAUCUCCUAUAGACUGGCAGAGGCCACAGACGCCUCUCUGUUCGCUGUCAACCUUUACACAGGGGAGGUGAGGACUAAACGGGCUGUGUCUGAGCAGGACGACUCCUCUCAGAGACUGCUCAUAGAGAUUAAGGACGACGGGGAUCCGGUUCAGUCCACCACCGUCACCGUGUCCGUCCUGUUAGAGGACGGUCUCCACGAGCCCAUUCUGGACCUCAGACACAAAACGGACGAUUCUCACGAGAAAACGGGGAGAAUGGCUCUGUAUCUGAUCCUCUCCCUGGCCUCAGUGUCUGUGCUCUCUCUGGUGACUUUCCUCAUUCUAGCUGUUAAGUGUCUUAAGAGCAGCAGAAGCAGUGGUAGCUGCUGCAUGAGACGGAGCGACAGUGAGGACUACAAGAACCCCAACAGAAACCUCCAACUCCAGCUCAACACUGACGGGCCUAUUAAGUACGUGGAGGUCCUGGGAGGAGACAUGAUGUCUCAGAGUCAUUCCUUCAGGUCCUGUCUCUCGCCCACGUCAGAGUACAGUGACUUCACCUUCGUUAAACCCAGCAGCACCACAGACUUUAAAGACAUGAUCAACGUCUUAGACGCCUCUUUACCUGACAGCACCUGGACCUUUGAGAGCCAGCAGGUGAGAAGAGGCUAUCUCAGUCUAUGUGAAACAUAAUCUAUAUAUAAUCUAUAAUAUUGUGAAGAGUUUUGUGAUAGUUGUGAGUUUCGCUGUUUCUGAGUUCAUUAUAUCCUAAUGUUAGAUCUCAAUUAUAUCACAUUCAAAUGUGAUACAUUCAACUGAAUAACUUGUUUAUAUUCUUCGGUUCGAUAUGAUACAUAUCAUAUUACAUUUGAUGUAAGGUGCAUCUUAAUAAUAUUUCCGAGCAAGCAAAUCCUUAAAAAUGGUUAGUCGUUUUUUCCUCCACUGUUUGCAAGGUUUAGGCACUGUGCUAACAAAGCCCAGCAUUUCAGCACCCAGACU